AUGGUUUGGGACCUCGCUGCCGGACUUUGCAAGGCCACCCUGCGCGGCCACACCAACAGCGUGAAGGCCGUUUGCAGGAUUGAUGCCACCACGUUGGCCAGCGGCGCUCGCGACAGCUCGAUCAGGAUUUGGGACCUCCCGUCUGGAAGUUGCCGAUCGGAGCUUCGGGAACACUCGGGUGAUGUGAAUGCGCUGUGCCAAGUUGAUGCGACGACUCUGGCGAGUGGGAGCUCGGACGACUCCAUCAAAGUGUGGGACCUGUCUUCGAAGCGCUGCGUGGCAACUCUCACCGGACAUGAUGGCUCGGUCCUGGCACUUUGCAAGCUGGGAGAAAGCACCCUUGCCAGUGGCAGCGGGGACGAGACGAUCAAGAUCUGGGAUCUCACCUCCCAGACGUGCACAAGCACUCUCACCGGCCACACCAGCGGCGUGCUGGCGCUGUGCAGGGUCACGCCGACUCUCCUGGCGAGUGGCAGUGGCGACAAGAGCAUCAAAGUCUGGGAAAUCCCUUCCGGGACGUGCGAGGCGACUCUGGAAUCACACAGAGGUGACGUCUUGGCCGUGUGCAGAAUCAAUUCGACCACGAUCGCCAGCGCAGGUGGCGACAGGGAUGUACGGAUUUGGGACCUGACAUCGCACUCUUGCACGGCCACCUUGGCAUUUCACAAGGACUCGGUUACGUCGCUGUGCCGGGUCACAAAGGGCACGACAAAGCUCGUCAGCGGAGGAAAAGACCUCCAGAUUUCCCUGUGGUCGUAG